AUUAUCCAUAAAUAGAUGAAAUAAUAAAGCACUGAAUAUUAGAUCACACUCCGUUGUAUCAUCCAUUUCGGCACCCAUCACGCAUUUCACACACUCACACACAAAUAAAAAGCCGAGAAAAGAUUUAAGAAACUUCGCCUGCAAUCUCUGAAAAUGACGGAAAUUAAUUCCGGCGGCCGGAGCUCCAAAGCCUACGACGUCGUAAUCUUCGGCGCCUCCGGUUUCACCGGAAAAUACGUAAUCCGAGAAGCCCUCAAAUUCCUCAACGCUCCCAACUCUCCCCUCAAAUCCCUGGCCUUGGCGGGCCGAAGCCCGUCGCGGCUGUCGGAGGCCCUCACGUGGGCCUCCGCCCCGAACCCGCCGCCCCAGAUCCCGCUCCUGACCGCCGACACUUCGGACGGGGAGUCGCUCGCCCGCCUCGCGUCCCAAGCGAGGAUCAUACUGGACUGCGUCGGCCCGUUCCGCCUCUACGGGCAGCCCGUCGUGGCGGCGUGCGUCGAUUCGGGCUGCGACUACUUGGACAUCUGCGGCGAGCCCGAUUUCAUGGAGAGGAUGGAGGCUUCCUACCACGACACGGCGGUGGAGAAUGGGUCGCUGGUGAUCUCGGCCUGCGGGUUCGACUCUGUGCCGGCGGAGAUCGGGCUGCUGUUUCAUUCCAAGCAGUGGGCCGGGCCGUCGGCGCCGAACCGGGUGGAGGCGUAUCUGAGCUUGGAGUCGGACAAGAGGAUUGUGGGGAAUUUCGGGACGUAUGAAUCGGCGGUUCUUGGGGUGGCCAACGCUGAUAAGUUGGUGGAGUUGCGGCGCUCCAGGCCGAGGAGGGCCCGGCCCGCGAUUCCUGGACCUGCUCCUCCGAAGGGCUCCAUCAUCGAGCACGAGAAGCAGCUCGGCCUCUGGGCUUUACGCCUGCCAUCAGCGGAUUCUGUUGUCGUACGAAGAACCCAGGCCGCAUUGACUGAAAACCCCCACGGUUUACCCGGUGUGAACGAGAGUGUUGAGCACGUGAAGAAGAGGGAGGACUUCUGGUCAUCCGCGAAGCCAGCCCAUUUCGGUGUGAAAUUAGGCUCGAAAUCGUUGCUUGGUUUGUUUCCGGUGAUCACACUUGGUGUAUUCUUGGGGCUCUUGAGCAGAAGCAGAGUGGGGAGAUGGCUUCUGCUCAAGUUCCCCUCGUUCUUCAGCCUCGGAUGGUUCAGGAAGAAGGGGCCUUCCGAGGAGGAAGUCGCGAGUGCUUCCUUCAAGAUGUGGUUCGUGGGACGGGGGUACUCGGACAGCAGUCUAGCUUUGCAGGGGGACAAGAAGCCCGACACGGAAGUGGUGACGAGGGUGAUGGGGCCGGAGAUUGGAUAUCUGACGACCCCAAUCGUGCUGCUUCAAUGCGCUCUUGUGCUGCUGAAUGAACGCGAUAAUCUGCCUAAAGGAGGAGUUUAUACGCCUGGGAUCGUGUUUGGCCCGACUGACCUUGAGAAACGCCUACAGGAGAAUGGGAUAUCGUUUGAUUUCAUCUCCAAGAAAGGCCUUUCUUCCUGAACACUGCUGCCUGCCUCAUCUAAAGCUUUGAACAUCUUACAUUCCAUGAUACAGUGAAACAAUGCUUCUUGUUGAAAUUCUUGGUAUGAAAAUCAGUCACAAAAUGCAUAUAA